GCCGUUCGUAAACACGGAAGUGUUACAUCAGCCGCAUAAAUAUCUUCGAUUUCUCUUCGCCAGGGGUCAUUUUAACACUUCUGUGCCGCGGUGAGUUUCUCCUCCGGUAUUUCGAGGGAACAAGAUGGACAAAUAUUUGACUGUAGCGGUCACCGUGAGUUUGGUGGUGUUUGCACUGAUAACUCAGGUAAACUGCAGCUCCUCCAGGAUGAGGAAAGUCACUAAAGCACAGAUUCUGGGGUUCGACUGGGAGAACUGUGGACAGUCUGACGAUCCAGCCGUGCUGAAGUCGCUGUCUUUGUCUCCAGACCCGAUCAACAUCCCCGGAGACUUGACGGCCUCGGCCUCUGGAUCCACCUCAGUCGAGCUCGAGUCCCCUCUGGCUGUGAGCUUGACUGUGAAAAAGGAGGUGGCCGGUUUCUGGGUGAAGGUUCCCUGUGUGGAGGACUUCGGCAGCUGCAACUACAAGGACAUCUGUGAUAUUCUGAGCCAGCUGAUCCCUCCCGGGCAGGACUGUCCCGAGCCGCUGCACACGUACGGCCUCCCCUGCCACUGCCCCUUCAAAGCCGGUUCGUACUCGCUGCCUCAGUCAGACUUCUCCCUGCCCAGAGUGGACCUCCCGUACUGGCUGACGAACGGGAAGUACCAGGUUCAGGGAGUCCUGGGCGGUGGCGGCAAAGAGCUGGCCUGCCUCAAAGUGGAGCUCGCCAUCCAGUCCGACUGAAAACACGAAGCAGCGAGCAGCGAGGUUAUUUGAUUAUUUGCACAAACAAAGUCAGCGAAAUGGGGAAGAGAAGAGCAGGCGUCGCACACACGGUUUCACUUCAGUGGGAGAAGGAAACUGUUCUGGGGAAAUAACACAAACAGUGAAAAUAUAUUUUGUUAGAAAAAUCGCAAACAUGAGCCGCUGAAGUCAGGUUUUUGUACUGUUUCACUUUUUCUACAUCAGGAUCUAGCUUCGUCUUUUCUAUAGUUUAAUUUUCCAUCUGCAGCCGUUCAUGUGUCAUUUAAGGACUGAUUUAAAAAUCAAUGCAUUGCAGAAAAAAAGCGAUCUGAAGAUGAAUUUUCUUUUUUGAUGCUUUUGCACUUUUCUGUUUUGUGUUCUGGAUCUUUUCUCUCUCUCAUUUCAUUUAUUCUGAGCCGAGUGUCACAGGUUGAACUUUAAAAGGUACGACAGAGACAAUCAUUAGAAACAAGAAGCUAAAGAAGAACUGGGGACGUUUGGGAUCAGGUUUCAGUUUUGAUCUCUCCACCAGUGAACAGUUAAUAUCCUCUUUAAUAUACGGUAAAUUCACCAGGACAAUGUCAACAAAGUGAAAACACAGUCAAAUCUACAGCUAUUUGAAACUAAUGACAACAAGACUUAGUGCAGAGCUGCUAUAAUAGAACAUAAUGGUUUUAUUUAUUCAAACACAAAAAGAAAAAAUGAGACUUUAAAUCUCAUAAUAAAAAGGGAAAGAGCUUCUUAGACAUUAACAUUUUUUCAUUUAAGCCAAAACAAGACAAAGUAAUGAGGAAAAAUCCGGAUAAAGACGUUUGGCUUCGUAAUAAAACACAGAACAGUCCGUUCGUCUGUUAGAGACGAUGCCUGAAGCUCCGGAGACGUUUGUGCCAAAAUAACUAAAGUGGAAAACAUCUACUGAACCAGGCCUCAACUAGAAGCUUCUCUCCUCAUUUACUCUGAACUAGUAUUAAAAAGUAUUAUCUUUAACCGAAAGGCAAAAAUUAUCUUAAAAAAAAUUUAUUAAAAUUUAUUUUCAUUUUUAAAUAAUAAUUUUGUGAUAAGUUUGUGAUUUUAAUCUGUGCAACUUUUUGUUUUGCUUUGUCUCAUUUUUCUUGUAAAAGUUCUAUAAGUAUAAAAGAAUAUGAGGUUAAAUUAGUUUUGCAUUCGAUUGAUUUAUUAAUUUCACAUUUUUUCUAAGUGCCUGAUUAAAUCUUCUGGAGUAAAGAUGAAAAUUAAUCCAGAAGUCAUGUUUUUAAGUGAUGAUUUGUUGUUGUUGAUUUUUUUUUUAUAGCAAUGAUCCGACACUGUGUAUGUUUUGGUUUUUAAUAAACAUCUCAUGAUUCGUA